UAGUGUUCAUCGUCUGGUUGACUAUGUCGUGUAAUAUUUUUUUUUUGACACGUGCACAGUGAGGAAAAGGUGACACUAUACGCUUUCCUUCCUCCUGCAUUACACCACAGCUGCACUGAGAAAACACAAGACACAACACGUACGUAGAGCGAUGGCUUCUUCCGUCAGUUCCCAGGUUGAACAGUUCCUGUGUUCAAUAUGUCAGGAUUUCUUCUCUGACCCAGCAACCAUUCCGUGUGGACACAACUUCUGCAUGGAAUGCAUCACUCAACACUGGGACAGCAGUAUGAAGACUGAAUGCCCGCUUUGCAAGAAGGACUUUCACUUAAGACCAGACCUUGGCAUCAACAGAGAAUUCAGAGAGCUCACUGAAAGACUGAAGAGAGGAGUAAGUCCUGUCCAACCUGGUGCAGUACCCUGUGAUGCCUGCACAAAAAUAAAGAGAGAAGCUUUGAAGACUUGCCUGCAUUGUGAAGGAUCUUUCUGUAAAACUCACCUAGAGCCUCAUAACACUGUAGCAAAAUUGAAGAAACACAAACUUAUCGACCCUGUGAAGAAUCUGCAAGAUUAUAUAUGCACGAAGCAUGAAAUGCCUCUGGUGCUGUUCUGCAGAGAUGAUCAGAAGUGUGUGUGCCUGUCGUGUGUGACGAAAGACCACAGAACCCACAACACUGUUCCUGUAGAGGAGGAAAGUGAAGAACGGAAGUCUCAGUUUGGGAGAAGACAAGUCGAGGUGUAUUCCAUGAUUCAGAGCAGAUUGAAGAAGAUUGAAGAAAUCAAAUGCUCGGUAAAGCUCAGCAAGCAAAGCUCAGAAAAAGAGAGAGCAGACAUUGUUGAGCUGUUCACUAGUCUGAUCCGCUCCAUUGAGAGAUGUCAGUCUGAGCUGCUGGAGGUGAUGGAGCAGAAGCAGACAGCAGCACAGAAUCAGGCUGAAGAGCUGAUUAAAGAGCUGGUGCAGGAAAUCACUGAACUGGAGAGAAGAAACACUGAGCUGGAGCAGCUCUCACACACUGAGGAUCACCUGCACCUCCUACAGAUUUAUCCAUCCCUGUGCAGGCCUUUAGACACCAAGAUCUGGACUGGGAUCAGUACUGACACUCAUCUGAAGGAGGACGCUGUGAGGAGAGCCCUGACAAAACAUCAAGAAUUCCUCAGUAGUGCAAUGGUGAAGAUUACAGGAACUGAGCUAAAGAGGCUUGAGAAGUUUACAGUGAAUGUGACUAUGGAUCCUGAAACAGCUCAUCCGAAACUCUCCUUGUCCGAGGAUGACAAACAAGCUGGACAUGGAGAAACACGGCAGAUUGUGCCGGACAGUCCAUGGAGGUUUGAUACAUGUCCCAGCAUCCUGGGGAAAGAGGGAUUUUCUUCUGGGAAAUUUUAUUUUGAGGUACAGGUGAAAGGGAAAACUGAGUGGGAUUUAGGUGUGGCGAGGGAGUCUGUUAACAGGAAGGGAAUAAUAACUCUGAGUCCAAGGAAUGGACUGUGGACUCUGUGGUUGAGGAACGGAAGUGAGUAUAAGGCCUGUGACUGUCUGUCUGUCUCUCUCUGUCUGAAGGUCAAGCCCCAGAAGGUGGGUGUUUAUGUAGACUAUGAGGAAGGUCUGGUCUCAUUUUAUGAUGUGGAGUCCAGGUCUCAUAUCUACUCUUUCACUGGUCAGGCUUUCACCGAGAAACUCUAUCCAUAUUUCAGCCCAGGCUUUAAUCAUGGAGAAAAAAAUUCAGCCCCACUGAUCAUUUCACCUGUCGGAAAGAACAAGUGUAUUUUAGCCAAUUAUUAACCAUUUGGAAUUAAAAUAAAAUAAAUGAUGGAAAGAAGGAAGGAAGAAUGACUGUCAGUGUAAUACAUUAUUAUUGUAUUUUGCUAGUAAGACCACUUUUUUUGCGCAAUGAUGUUCCAAUUUAAAAUAAAGAUGAUAC